AUGGUCAAUUCGAACAAGAUAUAUCCAUGCUAUCAUGUCGAUUUGACACAUGAAUCUCUGGUUGAUUUUGAGGAAAUGAGCACUCUUUGCGCUUUAGAGAGUUAUGACAAGAUACUGUUUUUCCUGGAAAGUAAUAUGGGCCUGCCAAGGAUGGGGGUUCCUUCAAGUGACGUUGUAAUUGUGUUGUUGACAUUGGCAACAAUGUGUGGGGCUAAAAGUGAAAUGGCUCUCAAAGCCAACGAUCCCUAUGGUGUAGGGCGUAUUUCAUUACCUGUCAGAUGUUUGAAGCUUCUGAUGCAAUACGUAGAAAUCCUCGCGGGCCGAAGUGACUAUGAAUUCGACCCAUAUUAUUUCAAGCUGCUUCGAUGCCAGUUUUUUAAUGUUGCUGAUUAUAUCCUCAAUUGGGAUUUAGAACAUGAAAAGUUUACCUCUAAGCAAAAAAUUAAGGAGACUGAGGGUUUCGCCACGACCUACAACUACAUUGGGAUUUUUGAGCAUGGUGAUCGUAAAGUUUUAAAGAGGGAAACGCUCUCUUCGAAACUUCGUGCCCGUCAGUCUCUGCAGAAUUGUGUCGCAUGGGCUUUGAAAUUAUCUUCGUCGUCUGAUGACGCACUUAGUGCUGUCGGCAUCACUUGGAUUCAAAUUUUGAAUGUUCUAUUUGAAUUGUUUGAACUGCGGUGCAUUUGCCUUCAAAAAUGCGGAAAGAAGGACGAUGAGAGAGAUGAUAGUUUGAAAAUUAGUUGGCUCACCGCUUUCUUGCGAUCUUUUGGGGUUCACAAUCAUUCCCUCUGUGACUUGGUUUUUAUUGGUUGUGAAUUUACGGGACAGCAGGUUGUUCCCUCUGAUCCCAUCUAUAGAGAAGAUCCAGAAAAGAAUAUUAAACGUCUAAGAGCUGACCAUCAGAUGAAUGAUCUAUCGGUCUAUUCAUACGCGCAAUCCAUGCGACUGCGACACCAGAUCCUUAGAGUAGUUUUCCAAGUUCUGAGAUGUUUGCCGGAGGGGGGAACACGAUUUAGCAAUGAGCAUUCCGUAAUCGCUGAUGUGGCUCAUACCCUCCUAAACUUCCAAAACAUGGCUCAUCUGAAAAUGUUUUUGGGAACCAUUGACUUCAAUAAGGAUAAUGCAUGUUUUUCAAAAUUUGUCGAAAAAGCACUCUUCGACAAGUUGAAGGACUUGAGAAUCGACGUUUCGUCUCCUCUGACUGAGAUGGGAUGCUACGAAGAUCUAUUAGCACAGCUUUCUGGCUUUUUGAAAGGAAGCGCUUCUAUUUUUACGUCGCGUCGUCAAGAUAUGAUGAACGAAGUAAACCGGUCAUUGGCCUUGGUUGAUCUGUUAGUCCUUGUCCUGUUAAAGGUACACAUUUACAAGAAGGGGCGGACAGGCAUCAAAAACGGCCUGGCUUUUAGGUCCUUUAUGAAGGCGCUUCGCUUAAACGACAAAAUGCGGCAUCAAUUUGAAUCGAGAAAUGAAUUAGCUGAACUCUCGCUGCCCCGUCUACUUCCAGAUGUCAAGAGGAUAUUUGACAGUUAA